UUUUUUAACUGAAUCAAGAAGAGGGAGGAAUAUUUACCAAUGAAAAUAUUCUUUGGCUACAUUAUUAGUGCUUGUGCAAAGUGGUGAGAGCAGCACAAUUUAUUGGUAAAAUUUUCAAUAUUGAUUUCCCCGUGGAUAUAAAUAUAAGUACUACACUACUAGUGAUAGGAGUGUCUCUUAAUUGUGUUGAGUAUAAAAGUUACUGGACUGAUGUGUGCAGGUCUGCAGGAAAAUAUCAAAUAAAGCAUCACAGGAUUUUUUGUGUGACCAUCUAGUUCCUGCAUCAAUCAACUCACAAUGGCUACUCGUACAGUUCUCUAUUAUUGCAAUUCUAAACUAGUAAGAGCAACUUCAUUAUUCCAUAAUUGUACAGAUGUCAAGUUUUUUGGCUGCCUAUCAUCAAGGUGCAGCUCAUCAAAACGUCAAACGACGCCUUUCAUAAGCGAAUGGGCAACUCAACCAUCAGUCUCUUCCUUGAUGCUCACUCUGAACAGAGCUCCUGGGAUUUGCUGGGCAGCGCUGCGGCACAAAUCGUCAAAGCGCACCACUACAGACGACCUAGAUAUUGAUUCCGAUGACAACGAAGAAGAUGGAAUUGUCUUAGAGAAGGGCCUAGAUUUUGCAGACCGCCGCUACAGAGUGCCAUCAUUGAGAAUUGAUGCUUGCAUCAAAGCAGCUUUCAAGAUAUCGCGCAGUCAGUCGGAGAAGGAGAUAUAUGCCAACAAAAUCCGCCUCAAUGGGGAAAAAUUAGAAAAGCGAAGUCAUAUGUUGAGGAUAGACGACGUGCUGGAAUACGUGAAGCAGAACCCAAGCAAAACCAAUCCUUCUCUUAUUGAAAUAUCACGCGCUGAGGUGCGGCACAUCGGAGGCUUCGAAGAAGCCGGCACGCACUACAACGUCGUCAUGAGAGUUUACCCUAGACUCAUCGUCCCCAAAUGGGAACCCUGAAGCCACUCAAUUGCGGUCAGAAAGACCUGAAAACUCUAUGAUUGUUUCUUCUUAUUGAUCGCCAAGUUCACUUGAAUAAACUUGAAAUUAAUA